AUGUCCGCCCAAAAAUCCGGCCGUCAAUCGCCCCCUCCCGAGACCCAGACGGGCGCUCAGCAGCAGGACCCCGUCUCUGCCGGCAAGACCGAGCCUGAGCUCCGUGGCGACCCCCAGCACUCGCAGAGGGAGUCGGAUGAGACCAAGUCGAAGCUGGAGAGUAAUCCCAAGCAUCCGCUAGAGGAUAUCGAGGCGGCGAAGUACUCCAAGAAAAUAUGA